UACACAAACCUUUUAUAGACCAAUUUAUUAGUUUUUACCAUCUCUUUGGGUAUGGCUUCAAUGUGCUUUUUUUCUUCUUCAGUUCUCCAUUACGAAAGUUAUCAUAAUAGAAGUAGGCAAGUGCAUAUUCACAAGCGAUCAGUAUAUUCAUCACAAUCUACAUCAAUGGCUUUAACUGCGGUUGAACCCCUCGCUAGACGAUCAGCAAACUAUGCGCCAUCACUAUGGUCAUUUGAUGAUAUUCAAUCACUUUCUAGUGAAUGCACAGGAGAAGAUUACAAGGCAAGAGCAGAUACGUUAAAGGAUGCUGUGAAAAUGAUGAUACCCAAAGUGGGAAAUCUAUUGAGUACCCUGGAGCUGAUUGAUGAUUUGCAGAGACUUGGAAUAUCAUAUCAUUUUCAGGAUGAACUAAGAAACCUCUUGGAGAAGAUUUACUACAAUUACUACAAAACUAACGACAAGUGGCAUACAAUGGAUUUGAACCUUAAAGCCCUUGGAUUUCGACUGCUGAGACAACACGGUUAUCAAGUUCCUCAAGAGAUAUUUCAAAACUUUAAGGACAAGACUCAAGAUCUUAAGCCACACUUGAUCGAGGAUAUGAUGGGAGUGUUGAAUUUGUAUGAGGCUUCUUAUCAUUCGUUCGAGGAUGAAGGUAUACUGGACGAUGCCAGAGAAUUUACAUCAAAAUAUCUCAAAGAAAAUCAAGACCAGACUGAUGAGAGUAUAUCAGAAUUAAUAAGCCAUGCUUUGGAGUUUCCACUGCACUGGAGAGUGCCAAGAGUAGAGUCGAAGUGGUUUGUCGAAGUAUACGAGAGAAGAAGUGGCAUGAAUCCAAUAUUGUUGGAGCUUGCAAAAUUGGAUUUUGAUAUGGUUCAGGCUGUUCAUAUUGAAGAUCUAAAACACACAUCAAGGUGGUGGAAAAAUACAAGAUGGGAUACGAAGUUACCCUUUGCUCGUGACAGAUUGGUGGAGAAUUUUCUGUGGACUAUAGGUUAUAGUUACCUACCUCAGUUUAGUCUUGGAAGGAGAAAUCUAACAAAGGUCAAUGCUUUGGUUACUACUAUUGAUGAUGUCUAUGAUGUGUAUGGUACUUUAGAUGAACUUGAACUGUUUACGGAUGUUAUCAGCAGAUGGGAUGUCAAUGCAAUCCAAGUGCUUCCGGAUUAUAUGAAGAUAUGUUUCCUUGGAUUCUACAACACAGUAAAUGAGAUUGCAUAUAACACAAUGAUAAAAUCAAGAAUCCUCAUCCUUCCGUACCUAAAGAAAGCAUGGGGAGAUUUAUGCAAGUCUUACCUUGUAGAAGCAAGGUGGUACGAUAGUGGAUAUACACCAACACUAGAAGAGUACCUAGACAAUGCUUUUGUAUCAAUAUCAAGUCCUUUAGUACUAAUGCAUAUUAAGUUUUCAACAUCAUUUGGUUCAACCGAAGAGAUCCAGCAGUGGUUGGAAGAAUCUGAGAAUAUAGUUCACCAUGCAGCACUAAUCUUCCGACUCGCUGAUGACUUGGGGACAUCCUCGGACGAAAUGGAAAGAGGGGAUAUUCCAAAGUCAAUCCAGUGUUACAUGCAUGAGAGUGGUGCUACUGAAGAGGAAGCUAGAAGGUAUAUAAAAAAAUUAAUCAUGAAAUCAUGGAAGAAACUUAACAAAGAACGAUCAAGUGCUAAAUCUCAGCUUCUACGGGAGUUUAUUGACUAUGCAAUGGACAUUGAUAGAAUGGCGCAAUUCAUGUACGGUAAAGGUGAUGGCCAUGGUCGCCCAAAUGUGACAAAAUCUCAUGUAUUAUCAUUGUUGUUUAAUCCUAUCUAAGGGAUAUAACUGUCAGUCAUCCGUGUGUAUCUUAUACUUAGGCUACACUUGAAUUGAAUUUUAUUAAUAAAAUAAGAUGUUAAAGCAACCUAGUCAUGACUUGUAUAAGGAAGAAUCUAUACAUGACAAAGAAGCUACCUUUUCGUAUUAUAUUGAGAUUUUACAGGAUUAGAACAGUUUAUUUUGUAUUGUAAUUGCAUUUUUAUAAAAU